AUGAGCAAGCAUCACGUGCUUGGUUCUUCACGCGCCUUCGUUCUUUGCUGGUCAAAUAUUACAGUUGAAAAGACAGUUGCUGUUGCAGACUGUGAUAAUUCACUUCUACUUUCAGUUCCGUUACUAAAUAUUAACGCUCUCUCUCUCUCUCUCCCCAUCCCUCUCUCUCUCUCUCUCUCUUUCUCUCUCUCUCUCUCUCUCUCUCUCUCUCUCUCUCUCUCAAUUGAAAGGGUUGAUAAUGAUGAUGAUAAUGAUAUCUAUCUAUCUAUCUAUCUAUCUAUCUAUCUAUCUAUCUAUGUCUGUCCAGUAUCUAUCUAUCUAUCCGUGUCUGCCCGGUAUCUAUCUAUCUAUCUAUCUAUCUAUCUAUCUAUCUAUCUAUCUAUGUCUGUCCAGUAUCUAUCUAUCUAUCCGUGUCUGCCCGGUAUCUAUCUAUCUAUCUAUCUAUCUAUCUAUCUAUCUAUCUAUCUAUCUAUCAUUACGAGACGCAGUAGCCUGUGCCUGACCAUCUUCUAUCGAGAACAACAGUACGAGUUCAAGAAUCUUAAUUCUUUUCUUCUUUUCUUAUCUAUUUAUCUCUCUAAUCUCCAUCUAUCUAUCUAUGUAAGUCUUCAUCUAUCUACUUCAAUCGUCACCUAUCUAUGCAUUCCAGGUUUCAUCUAUCUAUCUGUCUAUAUAUAG